AACUGCAUCCUCCACAGAGGAAACACCUACUAGUCAAAUCACCAAAGAUCUCAACGCUCAAGUAAAGCAAAAUGAAAAUACCUCUACUGAUAAUGAUCUGAUAACAUAUGAAGAUAUAGCUGCUGAGAUAAUGCAGGAUAUAGAAGAUGCUGUCAAUGAUAAAGGCUCUGACAUUCUUGAGCCUGAAGAAACUAAACCGUGCAAGUUUGCUGAUUGUUAUAGUGAUACUGAAGACGAGGAUGAAGAUGAUGACAGUGAAGAUGAUGAAGAAGAUUUCAGUAAGGGCAUCAAUACAUUUCUGGAAUGUGUGCGUGAACGUCGUCAAGUCAGAGACAACCAUGUUGGCCCUUUCACUAGCAAACAUGUAGGGAUAGAAAACAGGGUUGUGGCUGCUGCUACCUUUGAAAAGGCAUUUUGUGGGAAACGUAGUGAAAAAGUCAAUCAUUUAACUGUAAUAGCUGUGAGGAAACGUUACCAAAAAUGGGGAAUAGGCAGAUAUUUAUUAUCACAAUUAAAGAAUCCUCAAGU